UUUGUGGAAGCGUUAUAUAAAGGCAUUUAUAGACUAAUAACAUAUAAAACUGCAUUACCCAUGAUUCCCUGCGCGCUAACGAACAGGGUCAAAGGGCGGUAAAAAAAAAAGUCAGAAUCUGUGCUCCCUCGGUUAAGAUGAAAAUUUUCCGAUUAUUUUUUAAAGCGAUAAGAAAGCCCAACAAACAACUGAUUUAUUUGCAAGUAUCAGGUUUUUAUAAUAAUGCUUCCAUAAAGGCAUGUAUCGACGAAAAACAUUUAAAACUUCAUUACCCAUGAUUCCCUGCGCGAUAACAGACAGGGUCAAAGGACGGUAAAAAGUCAGAAUCUGUGCGCCCUCGGUUGAAAUAUCUUCUAGGUGAUUUUUAAAGACUUGUUUGUAUUGUAUAUUAUCUAAAUAUGGCGAUUAUUUCCUUUAAUUUAUUUCAUAUUAUUUUCUUUCUUUACAGGAGUUCAUUUUGAUGUUUUUUUUAACGGUAACCAACACUUCCGCAUUAGUUGAGAGCUCAAUAUUCCAGUUUUAGGAGUUUCCGGUUGUUAUUUGUGUCACUCCCUUCAAGUUAAACAAGUACAGCAGCAAACACACAGUGACACAGCAGACAGACGCCUUUUUGAAGUAACGUUGCCUUUUUUUAAAUCAUAGAUUCCUGAGCAUGGCAUCAGACGGAUUAGGAGUGUCCUCAGUUCCCCCAGAGGACCAGAGAGAUGAGGGGACACAUUUGACUGACACACCCACUCCAGAGGCAGAGGCAGGGGUCCCCUCUGAGCCUCAAUGUGACAAAGACACCCUGAAACCCACAGCAGCAGAACGGGAUGAGAAGGGAGUCGACGUCUGCCGGUUUUUCCUGAUGGGAAAGUGUCAUUUUGGCCACAGAUGUCGUUUCUCUCACAGUAACCCAUCAGUAGAUGAUUCAGUGGCUGUGUCACCUGACCAGGAUGACAAACAGGAUGGAGAAAAGACGGAAAAAUACAAGAAGAAAGUGAACAAAGCAGCAAAGCCAAAAUACGAGGCGAAAGAGGUGUACAAAAAGCCUCGCAUGCGCACAGCAGAUGACGUCAUCUCUCGGAUCCUGUGGGACCCGCCGGUGGAUGGAUCAGAAUUUGUAGUGGGGUAUGUGGAUCGCUUCCUUGGUGUGCUGGAGCGUCCCUUCAAUGAAUUUAACUGGGACACCGACCCCUGCGACUGUGAUUACACCUCUGAGCUGGCCCUGCCCAGACACAGGAUCCAGUACUUCACCUACAGAGGGCACCGCGUCUGGGACCGCCACAGCAGGACUGACAGGGUGUUUGGCUCCACCGGUCAAUCUCUGGCUCCCCCCUUUGGAGGGGAGGAGGAAGUAAAGGAAAUGAACACAGAAGAGCAGCAACAAGACGGCCUUAAAACAACAGAAGAGCAGCCACCUGCCGUCAGUCUGCACCUGCAGGAAGAGAGUGCUCAUACUGAGAGCACACAUCUGGAGGAAGAGAAGCAGAGUGAGAUGAACACUCACACCCCUGACUCAACACCACCAGCUCCAGAGUGUCAAGGGAACAUUUCUCAGGAACAACAGGAAUCACGAGGAACAUGUGUUGUGGAGGAGGCAGCAACGAGACCUGAGGCUUCAACAGACCAAAUGUCCUCAUCCCAAAAAGACGGAGCAAGCGUAGAAGAGGAGGUUGAGGAAGAGAAUUUGGCAGAAUGUCAAGAGAGCUGGGAAGGCAAUGAAGAUGCUUCGAGUGAUCUCGGAGCCCUGAACAUCAGCCAGAAACCAUCAGCACCUCUGGAGCAGAGAGAGGAGAGGCGCGGUGGUGUUCGCCCUGCUAAAAAACGACCCACUCACUUCAUCACCUUCAAGGCCAACACUCCCGCUAUCCUCUCCAGUUUCCAGCAGCUGCAGGAGGAGAUCAGCGCCCUUCUGCCCUCCUCUGCCCCUCACUGGCAGACCGCCGCCAGCCUUCACAUCACCAUGUGCCUCCUGAAUUUGUCCGGCCCAGCUGAGGUAGCCGCCGCAGGGGAGAUCCUCCGACGAUUCGCCCAUUUGGAUCGCAACCCGCCGGUGGCUCUGACCUUCCCUGUGAAGCUGAAGCAUUUCAAUGGGAAGGUGCUGUACCUGAGCCCACAGGCUCAGAUCCACCUCCAGGAGCUCAACUGUGUCCUGCAGGAGGCCUACAUGAAGGAGGGCUGGCUCCACAAGGACUCCUACAACCCGCGCUACCACCUGACACUGGCUAAGGUAGAGGGCAACGAGGGGAACAGGAUCUUUGAAGGGGUGGGGGACCUAAAGGUGGGGAAGGGUUUAAAUUUUGGCCGUCUGCCAGUAAACACCUUACACCUUUGUGCCAUGGGCGGUUCCAAAGUGGAUGGUUUUUUUGAGACCUUGUGCACAGUAAGUCUUCGAUGAUAGAAGGGCCAUUUCACUUAAACACACACUACAUACAUGUAUGUCAACACAAUGAGUGUAAUACCUUAUCAAUCAAAUCUCAUGUCUGUUUUAAGUUUUAAGUUAAGUUAAUUCAGAUAAGAUGCACUUUUAAUGAUAAUCAAAUAAGAUGCACUUUUAAUUAUAAUUGGGUGAAAGACAAUUUUAUAUGAAGGCCUAAAGGGAGUAAAAUUAGCUUAGCACAACAGCAAACACACUGUCUAAUUAUACUAAACUGUAUUCAGAUGCAAAAGGAUACAAUGGUCCCACUGCACUUAAAUUACAAUAUGAUUAAAUAAUGUAUGUAUUUUCCUCUAAUGAAUGCAUUUUAAUCCGUUAAGGGCUUACAUUAUAUGUCCUAUUGAUAUUGCAAGAUGAGAGAAAUGAAUGUAGUCUGCUAAGGAUAAUGCAAGCUGAUAUAAUACAUCCAGAACGUUCUAAAAGUAAAGUUGUUUACUUUGCCUGCCUGAACAGAAGAAUAUAAAUACUAAAGACGGAGAAACAGUAGUAUAUUCAUUUUACUUCAAGUAUGGCUGUCCUCGACCAAAGAAAUCUGACAAACACUCAAUUUUGUCGACUAAUCGCUUAGUUGAUUUAAUCGACAGAUCUGUAAAACUGAGUUUCUUCACAAAGAAUCACACAAAAGCACCACUUUAAAUCUUGUGUUUACCAGAGAUGUGCUCAUAAGUUUCUUAAAAAAUAAGUCAUUCAGCAUGAAAAAACAUAACAAAAAGACUAAUUCGGCUAAAUAAAUCUUAGUUGACUGAGACCAAAACAAAACUAAUGGACUAAGAGGGGGCAGUCCUAACUUAAAGGCUAUUUUUUGUGAUAUAAUAUAGUUAUUUUUUGCCUUUCGUUCAUUAAAAUGCAUUAGAAAUACACUAUAAAACCCAUAAUUGCCAAAUAAAACAUCUUUCAAAAUUCUAACUUAUAUGAUUAGUCAAUUAAUCGAUCAGUCCAUUAACAGAAAAUCAAUGCCGGUGUUCUAACUUCUCCAUUGUGGACCUGCUGCUUUACUUCGUUUUAUGUUAUGAGUAAUUUUUUUUGCUUUUUUUUUUUUUUUUUUACUGUUGGUUAAACCAAAGAGGCAUUUUGAAGACAUGACCUUCAGGACUUUAGGAAAUUGUGUUGGUUUUUUUUUACUUUUUUUGUUUUUACAAUUUU